AAGGGGUAUUUUUAUUAUGUUUAUACAAAAUUUCUUAAUUCAAUAUAUGAUUUCAGUGAAAGCCACACGAUCCCAUCUAAAAACCCGCAUUCUCUCAUCUAAAUAUCAAAAUUACACUCUGACGUUGCCGCACGGCGGCGGCUGUGGUGGGUCUAAAAAGGCAGAAUGUGGGGGAGUGAGUGAAGGAAGAAUAAAGAAGUUUUAAAAUGAGAGAAGCCGGCAGUUUCCAGCAGAGGUUUUCACAUUACGCUUCAUCCAACUCUCGCUAUUUUUCCGAUCACCGUCUGUUAAAGCCAUUUCUGAAAUCUCCGGCCACUUUCUCUCUCUUCUUCUUGUUCUUCUCACUCUUCCUCCUCACCGGCGUCUUCUUCUCCACGCGCCUCCUUCAUUCCUCUACGACAGCGCAUAAUUUAUCUGGAAACACAAUAAAAGGGAGUGCGAAAGCCCAAUUUUACCCCAACAACACUUCCCAAAUCCCAGAAAACCCAAACCACCGACGACAAGUCGAAUUCACACUCGAUUGUACGUCCUUCAAUAACAUCACAAGAGGAACCUGUCCUCCCAACUACCCGACCAAAUGGACUGUCGAGGAAGAUCUGGACCGUCCAUCAUCAGCCACGUGCCCCGAUCACUUCCGUUGGAUCCACGAGGACCUGAUGCCGUGGGCCCGGACGGGGAUCACGAGGGCCACGCUAGAGGCUGGGAAACGGACGGCGAAUUUCCGGCUGGUGAUUUUGAAUGGGAAGGCUUACGUGGAGACUUAUAAAAAGUCGUUUCAAACGAGAGAUACUUUUACAGUGUGGGGGAUCCUACAGUUGUUACGGAGGUACCCCGGAAAAGUGCCGGAUUUGGAGCUGAUGUUUGAUUGCGUUGACUGGCCUGUGAUUUUGACCAGCCAUUUUAGUGGGCCUAAUGGGCCGACCCCACCUCCUUUGUUUCGUUAUUGUGGGGAUGAUGCCACGCUGGAUAUUGUUUUUCCUGACUGGUCCUUCUGGGGAUGGCCAGAGAUCAAUAUAAAGCCAUGGGAGGCAUUGUUGAAGGAUCUAAAAGAAGGGAAUAAAAGGAUCCCAUGGAAGAGAAGAGAGGCUUAUGCAUACUGGAAGGGAAAUCCGGAGGUCGCUGAAACCCGAAAAGAUCUACUCAAAUGCAAUGUCUCUGACCAACAAGACUGGAACACUCGUGUAUUCGCUCAGGAUUGGAUGAAAGAAUCCCAGCAGGGAUACAAGCAAUCAGAUCUUGCAAACCAAUGUCUUCAUAGAUAUAAAAUCUAUAUAGAAGGAUCAGCUUGGUCUGUUAGCGAAAAAUACAUUCUUGCUUGUGAUUCCGUUACCCUAAUCGUAAAGCCCCAUUACUACGACUUCUUCACAAGAGGUUUGAUGCCGGUGCACCACUAUUGGCCCGUAAAGGAUGAUGACAAGUGCAAGUCUAUAAAAUUUGCAGUUGAUUGGGGCAACAGCCAUAAGCAAAAGGCACAAGCCAUUGGUAAAGCAGCUAGCAGUUUCAUCCAAGAGGAGCUGAAGAUGGACUAUGUCUAUGACUACAUGUUUCAUCUUCUAAGUGAAUAUUCUAAACUCCUUACUUUCAAGCCGAAGAUACCGCGCAAUGCGAUCAAGCUUUGUUCUGAGGCCAUGGCUUGUCCAGCUGAAGGGCUCACCAAGAAAUUUAUGAUGGAUUCAUUAGUGAAAAGGCCUGCAGAUUCGAGCCCCUGCGCAAUGCCACCCCCAUAUGAUCCCGCAUCGCUUCAUUUUGUUCUUAGUAGAAAAGAGAAUUCAAUCAAACAAGUAGAAAAAUGGGAGACAAGUUUCUGGAAUACUCAAAGUAAGCAGCCAUAGAUAAAGACACCCCUCUACUUCAAUAGAGAAAGCUUAAUCAAUGAUGAUCAAACCAUACAAAAAGUCAUCUGGGUGUUCUUCUCU